UCCGCUUUACCCCCGCCCCCUGCCUCCCCUUCACCCCGCGCCAACAGCUCGGUGGCCGAGUCGGUCCCGCGGCCGGCGGAUCGAGCGCGCGCGUCGGGGGGUCGUGCGGCUGCCGGGCAGGGCGAGCACGCGCCGGGAGGCCUUGGAGGCGUAGGGGGCGGGGGUACGGCUCGCCUGCUCGCAAGAUGGCGGACGAGGACAGGGAAGGGAUUCACCCCUCAGCCCCUCACAGGAACGGAGGUGGCGGCGGCGGCGGCGGCGGCGGGGGUUCUGGGCUCCACUGCGCCGGGAACGGCGGCGGGGGAGGCGGCGGCCCGAGGGUCGUGCGCAUCGUCAAGUCCGAGUCCGGCUACGGCUUCAACGUGCGGGGCCAAGUGAGCGAGGGCGGGCAACUGCGGAGCAUCAAUGGAGAGCUCUACGCGCCGCUGCAGCAUGUGAGCGCCGUGCUGCCCGGGGGGGCGGCCGAUCGGGCCGGGGUGCGCAAGGGGGACCGCAUCCUGGAGGUGAACCACGUGAAUGUUGAGGGGGCGACACACAAGCAGGUGGUGGACCUGAUCCGAGCAGGCGAGAAGGAAUUGAUCUUGACAGUGUUAUCUGUACCUCCUCAUGAGGCAGAUAACCUAGAUCCCAGUGACGACUCGUUGGGACAAUCAUUUUAUGAUUACACAGAAAAGCAAGCAGUGCCCAUAUCGGUCCCCAGAUACAAACAUGUGGAGCAGAAUGGUGAGAAGUUUGUGGUAUACAAUGUUUACAUGGCAGGGAGGCAGCUGUGCUCCAAGAGGUACCGGGAGUUUGCUAUCCUACACCAGAACCUGAAGAGAGAGUUUGCCAACUUUACAUUUCCCCGACUCCCAGGGAAGUGGCCAUUUUCAUUAUCAGAACAACAAUUAGAUGCCCGACGUCGGGGAUUGGAAGAAUAUCUAGAAAAAGUGUGUUCAAUACGAGUAAUUGGUGAGAGUGACAUCAUGCAGGAAUUCCUAUCAGAAUCAGAUGAGAACUACAAUGGUGUGUCUGACGUAGAGCUGAGAGUAGCAUUACCAGAUGGAACAACGGUUACAGUCAGGGUUAAAAAGAACAGUACUACAGACCAAGUAUAUCAGGCUAUUGCAGCAAAGGUUGGCAUGGACAGUACGACAGUGAAUUACUUUGCCUUAUUUGAAGUGAUCAGUCAUUCCUUUGUACGUAAGUUGGCACCUAAUGAGUUUCCUCACAAACUCUACAUUCAGAAUUAUACAUCAGCUGUGCCAGGUACCUGCUUGACCAUUCGAAAGUGGCUUUUUACAACAGAAGAAGAAAUCCUCUUAAAUGACAAUGACCUUGCUGUUACCUAUUUCUUUCAUCAGGCGGUCGAUGAUGUGAAGAAAGGUUACAUCAAAGCAGAAGAAAAGUCCUACCAAUUACAGAAGCUAUAUGAACAAAGAAAAAUGGUCAUGUACCUUAACAUGCUAAGGACUUGUGAGGGCUACAAUGAAAUCAUCUUUCCCCACUGUGCCUGUGACUCCAGGAGGAAGGGGCACGUUAUCACAGCCAUCAGCAUCACGCACUUUAAACUGCAUGCCUGCACUGAAGAAGGACAGCUGGAGAACCAGGUGAUCGCAUUUGAAUGGGAUGAGAUGCAACGAUGGGACACAGAUGAAGAAGGGAUGGCCUUCUGUUUCGAAUAUGCACGAGGAGAGAAGAAGCCCCGAUGGGUGAAAAUCUUCACGCCAUAUUUCAAUUACAUGCAUGAGUGCUUUGAGAGGGUGUUCUGCGAGCUCAAGUGGAGAAAAGAGGAAUAUUAGUUAGAGACUGAUUAUCUCAUAUGAGCCAGGACAUUCUUCCAGCAAGGUUGGCCUCUGGAUGGUGAACGGGCUGUGCAAAAAAGCCCCGCUUCUUCCCUUGUCUAGAGGGUGGACAUUGGCUACAGGCUCUUCCAUCUCUCAUGACUUCAUGGACCCUCCUCUGCCAGUUUUUUAAAUCAGAUCACCCUCCAUGUUGCUCCUGACCCACAGGGGCAGCUGUCCUCAGUUGUAGCCGUCUGACUGGAUGAGUCCUGGCAGUCUUUCUAGGUGAAUCAAGAAUGUGUAUGUGAGGAAAGGUGUUUGCUAUUGCUUUACUGCUGUCUGUAUGUGCCAGUGCUGGAGAAGAAAUUGGAAGAUUCUGAAUAAUUAGCUACUUAUUCUCAAAGAAAAUCUUUGAAAGGAUAAAGAGGUCAAGUCAAGAACGUGAAAAUUUAUAUUCUUAGUACAGUGGAAAGAACAUUGGGCUCUGGGAAUUUUAUCUGGGUUUUCUCCUGUUUUUUGUUUUUUUUUUUUCCCCCUCUGUGUAAUUUUGGGUAAAUCAACCUCCCUAGUUCUCCGUUUUCUCUUCUGUAAAACAGGAAGACUGAACCAGGUAAUUAAUAUUCAAGGUCCCUGCCGGCUCUAAAAGGCUAUGAUUCUAGAUGAGAAGUUAUAUCAGGACAGGUGGGACCAAUCAGAUUGAGCUGUCCAGGCAUACCUUUUUAGCUUCCAUUUGAGGAGUUGUCUCCAGAUAAGAGGAGAUGUGGCUUCCCAAUAACUCUUUUUUUUUUUUUUCCUUCCAGAACAUUUUCCAGAUGGCGAGGUCACAGCAGAGAGAUAUGGCCACCUAGCCUUUCUUUACCCCCUUCCCUUCCCUUCGCCCCCAUCCUCUUACCCCUUUCAUGUCCCGUGUCAGACAGAGUAACCAUUAACACAAAAGAAGAGAAAAAGUUAAAAAGUCAUUAUAUUCAAAAGCCCUAAACUAAAUACUAUUAAUAACCCCCUCUGAAUUUCAUGUCUCUGGAAUUGAGGUGGUAGAGAACAGCAGAUUGGUUAGCAUCAGAAGUCAACUGAGUUAAGACAGGAAAGGAAAUAAGCCCAACCAGCUUGCCAAAGGUAUCUUUGUUCUUUCGCCUGGGCCUCAUACCAACAGCCUCUCCUUGUACUAUAUUUUUAAAACUGGAACUAUGAACUUCAUCCAUUUGCACUGUUCAGACAUAUAUAUGUAUGUAUGUAAAAAUUAUAUAUACACAAAUUAGCUGCACGUAUAUACAUAUAUAUAUUUCUUUUUAAAUUUCAUAUUGAUGGCAGUACCUUUUUUAGCUUGUGUUUUACACACCUUUCACUAGAAUCCACGACCUCUCUCGUGCUCUCUUUAUUUUGAAACAAACUUUAAAAAGGAAAAAAAAAAAAAAAACAUUUUACAGGGAAAAUACCUCUCCUCAUGAAGGACUCGAAAAGUUUACAACCUGCUUGGAUUUUUGCCCCUUUUUUGUAUUGAGUAUAGAUUCUGGCUCAUGGGUUACCAUAGAGUCUGAGGAGCAAGGAGUAUAGUUUCUUUAUCUUCCAAGAGGGUGCUGGGGAGGAGAAAGAGGUGUGUUUCUCAAGGUUAACAGGCUGUAGUUCUGCAGGGAGAGCCUGAAGUCUUGGUGUGGUCUCUUGAUUCUGUGACAGUUUUUCUGAUCCAUCUGUUUCUCUCACUCCUGGCUUUCUAGCCACAUUCUGCACUUCCUUCCUGCUUUCCGAGGUCCCCAGUAUGCUUUCCCUCAACUGGCCCUGAGUGGAGUAGUGGGUGGGCUCAGGAGGUUGGGAACCUGAAGCUGGUAGUAAUUUCCUGUUUUGCUUGCCUUUUUUUUUUUUUUUGAGACAGGAUCUUACUCUGUCGCCCAGACUGGAGUGUGGUAGCAUGAUCAUAGCUGAUUGUUACCUUGAAUUCCUGGGCUCAGGUGAUCCUUCCGCCUCACCCUCAUGAGUAGCUGGGACUACAGGUAAUGCACCACCACACCUGGCUAAUUCUUUAAAAAAUAUUUUUUUGUAGAGACAGGGUCUCAUUAUGUUUCCCAGGCUGGUCUCGAACUCCUGGCCUCAGGUAAUCUUCCUGUCUCAGCCUCCCAAAGUGCUGGGAUUACAGGCAUGAGCCACUGUGUCCUUCCCUGCCUUUUUUGCAGCAGGGAUAGUACGCAGGACCAGAGUUAAGCUGAUGCCUUAGGCAAACAGGUUGGACUUACAUAGGGGAAAGUAAGCAAGCAGUGCCCUAUGUACAUGAGGUUUUACCUUCUCCAUUCCUGACCAAUAACCACCCACAACUAUGACAUUCUCUGUGACUUCCUUAAACAGUGAUGGGGAGGGAUCCAAUAAUACCUUCAAGGUCUUGGGGAAACUUGCAGUGGGUCAGUGGUCUGUGCCAACCAAACUAUAGCCCCAUCCAAGCCAGCUGAGGACCCAGGAAGGAGUAGUAGGAAUAUGGUUGAUUUAGAUUGGUUUUAGUUAAAUGGAAACUGAAGGAAAACUCUUCUGCUUUCUGUCCUUCAAAGAGUUCCUCAUCUGAUCUUGCAGCUAGACCCUUUGAGCCCUAAAAGUUGCAUCCAAGGAUUAGAAGCCGGAGCUAACUGGGGUAGGACAAUAUCCCCAGCCCCCUAAGCUCUGUAGUUAUACAUAAGAAGCACCAAGUCAGGCUCAGAUGCAACUAAAACACAUCUUUGAGCCUUUUAUUUUUCCCUGCUCCCCCUUCCAAACAAAACCUUCAUAGGAUGGCAUCUUUCGCUCUAACUGCGAGACAGUCACAAAUGGUUGUAGUCAACUCCACUGAGCAGCAUUGGGUAGUUGGAAAGUCUAUUUUUUUUUUUUUUUUUCCAAAAUGGAGUCUUGCUCUGUCACCCAAGCUGGAGUGCAGUGGCGCGAUCUCAGCUCACUGCAACAUCUGCCUCCUGGGGUCAAGCAAUUCUCCGGCCUCAGCCUCCCAAGUAGCUGUGAUUACAGGUGGCUGCUACCAAACAUAAGAAUGCUGAAUGUGUAAAGUUGCAGCGGGAUCCCUAAUUUGAAGACUUUGACACACAACUAACUUCUUUUGGCUUAAAUGAAUUUAAAAUGAGCCAAAGGACCCUGAAAAGAAGACAUGUUGAUUUCCCACUCCUAGAUGCUAAAGAUUCUUCUGGCACCAGCUUUGUUCAAACUGUAAAAAUAGCAAUUUGCCCCUACUCCACUCAGAGUGGGACAAGAAUGAACAAAUCUGGGAUUCCAUACGACAGCUCAAAUGCUGACCUUCGGAUAUGAGACAUAGGGAUUUGGAGGCCCCUUAGAGUGGGGAGAUGGUGCUGUGCUCCCUUUCUGGGAUAGCGUUCACUUGGUGCUUUGGAGAUGGGUGAGGACCGUACAGGUAGUUGGCCUGUUGGCAGAGGUUAUUUAGGAACAGCCCCUUCUUGAAAGUGUCCACUAACAAAGGACCCAGCUUGCAGCAAGGAGAUGGGGAAGGAGGGCAACCCUAAAGGACAGCGCCCUCUCCUUUUCCGCUUAUACCCAGCCCUGGAUGGUGGAGGCGGGGUCCCUGUGGCUUCGCAGGUCCUGUAGGAUCAAGCCCUUCUUUGCAUGAAGCAGUGUUAGUUGUGACCGUUCUCUCUCCCCUUCCUCUGCACUUCCCCUCUAUAAUCUCUACUGUUCUUAGUCCCAGCUUCUGCCCAGGGAGGCUUCUACCCAGACUUCUUUUGCAAUUUGUUCCUGGGAAGAGGGGGCUCCCCAUGCCCCCAGCUUCAUCCCAGCAGAACCAGCAGGAUCCUCCUGGUCUCUCAUUGGCCUCCCUCCACACUUGGUUUCUAUCCUCUAGGGUAGAAGCUCAGAGCUUUUUAUGGCCCAAGAGCAAACGUGGACCCUGAGAAACCUGUCCCUGCAGAAAGAUUCCCUUGGGCCAUGCUUUGGGCCCUCUACUCUUUAUAUGUUUAUUCUAUUCUCUGUUUUCCUGCCCUCUCCUUACCCUAGGCCGAAGCACAGGUACAGAUAUGUGCGUGCUCAGGGCAGCUCCUAGGCCUGGACUGAGCUCUCAGGGAGGAAUUAGAUAAAUAUUCCAUCAUCCUUAUGCCUGGCCCAUUUAGUUUCACCCUUUAGUUACCCAGGCCGGUAGCUUUGGGUUAUCCCUUCUUGUAGCUCCAAACCCAAUGCUUGGAGCAGUGAAAUAGGGCACUGACAGGAGGUGACACUUCGCUCUCCUAUCUCAGAAUUUGCCAACUUCUGGCUGGGCUCCUAGGAGGCAGUUUUCUUGAAGGGGACUUCAUCCUAGUUGACCUAAAUUUUCCAGACCAGGAGGGGUGCUGUGCCCUCCCUUCUCUCCAUCAUACUAUUUGGCUAGAUUGAUUCAGCAGUAGAAGCUCUUUGAUGUGUUGACCCCAACAUACAGCUGUUUCUUCACCAGCUGCCUUGUGUCACAGUAGCUUCCUUUGGAGGAUGAUGUGAUAGAACACUCGGAGAGAGGGAAGAAGAGAGGCAGUGGCUAUGCUUCUCUAGCUCCCCAUCUUCCAGGUCCACCUCUUGACUUCCUCUUCCCCUAACGUGAGCACAUCACGCCAGGCCUCAUUGCUGCUAGGACAGCAUCAGCUCACUCCUCAGCAAUAAUCUAGGGUAUGUGGGAAGGUCAGGGCUAUGGGAAGGAGUAGAUUCAAAGAGGGGAGUGAUACGGGGUCGGGGCACUUGGCCACCUGCUAAACUUGGACGUUAAUUUUAUAUCAUGACCCCCUUUUAAGCCAGUGAGCUGGGCUUCAGUCUUUCCCAGGCCACGCACAUUUAAUUUAUUUGAGAGAAACUCUAAUUGUAUUUUCACUGCAGUAUCUUGUAUUUUUUAUUUGUGAUUUAAGAAAUGUGAAGAGAAAAUACACAGACACAAUAAUGGCUAACAGUGUUUCUUUCAUUCCUUGUUCUAGAGCUAACCACUCUAAAAUUGUUUGGUAAUGUCACUUAGUGUAAUUAAUUGUAACAUAUUCUUUUAAAUAAAUUGAUUUAUUGAUCAAACACU